AUGACAUUUACGAAGAAAAAAGAAAUUGAAUUAAUUAAAAAAAAAACAGAAUUUGUUAUGGUCAAUGUACCAUUUAUUGGUACAUCGACAAAACCUUUCAUCAGACGUUUACAACAAUUGGCAAAAAAAAGAGAAACCUCAUAUCAAGUGUUUGUAGUUCCUCAGCCACCUCCUACAGUUGGACAAGAUUUUAAUAACAAAGAUAUUAUAUCGAAGAAUAUGCAAUCUGAAAUUGUUUAUCAUCUGACAUGUAAUCAUUGUCCUUCUCAAUAUAUAGGACAAACCACUAGACAAGCUAUUAGACGGAUGAUUGAGCAUGGUUAUUGUGAAUCAUCAUCUAAUAGUGAAUCAACAUCUAUAAUAACAGCUCAAACAGAUUCAACUGAUAUACCACUGCUAAGAAGAUCUGAUCGUUUAAAAGAAAAAAGAAAAAAGAAUUAA